CUCACGAAGUUUCCCCUGACAACUUUGAAAGCGCCGCUGUUUCUCCUGACAUGCUUAUCUGGCGGUGAUGGUUGCCAGCAUCCUCACAUCUGCACGUUGAUUUAAUAUCUAUGUCCCGCCCUGCUCCAACACCCAUUUACACUCUGAGGGGGGCUGGGAGCGCCCUCAACACCCUCCACUUCAGAUGCAAUGGAGAGGACACACCUCUGCUGUUCUCAGGGUCUGAAAAGGGUGCCAUCCACAUCUGGAACCUGAACAGCAGGAGGACAGUGGAGGUUGUAGAGGCUCAUUCUGGUAGUUCAGUGAUCUGGGUCAGCACGCUGCAGUCGGCAGGUUCUCUCCUCAGUCAGGGUCGAGACAUGCAGGUGUGUCUGUGGGAUCUGAGAGAAGGUGGCGGUGAGCUGCUGGACUCUGUGUGGACGGGCAGCGUUGGAUUCUGUCAGUGCUCCUUACUGGAGACGAGCUCAACAAACCACCUGCUGGCCUUUGCUGGACAACAGACAGAGGAGAUCAAGAUUAUUGAAUUGCCCAGUAAGAAACCAGUCUGCACCCUGAUACCGGACUCAAAGCUGGGAAUGGUCAUGUGCAUAAAACUGUGGAAGCCAGACUCGGGUAUCGGACCUCUCCUGUUGGCUGGAUACGAGGAUGGUUCCUUGCUGCUGUGGGACGUAACCCAGAGGUCUGUGCUGAGCCAAGUCAGAGCCCACCCUGAGCCUGUCAUGUGCCUGACCUUUGACCCGAAGCAUCUGAGGGGCAUAUCGGGCUCCUCUGAGAAGAAUCUCUCCUCCUGGAUGCUGGACAGCCAGAACAACAUACAGCUCCGGGACAGUGUGGAGCUGCUCAACCCUGGAGUUUCCCAGCUUUGUGUCCGGGAGGACGGUAGACUUCUGGCAUCAGCGGGUUGGGACCACAGAGUGCGGAUAUUUGGCUGGAAGAAGCUGCGGCCGCUAGCGGUUCUUCAGUACCACACGGACAUGGUGCUCAGCGUAGCCUUCUCAGACCAUCAGGACUCCAGACAAAGACUGUUGGCUGCUGGAUCCAAAGACCAGCGCAUCAGUCUGUGGUCUAUAUACAACGAGGGAGCUGAGACCGGCUGAAAGCCUCUCAGCUCUGGGAGGAUGUAAAGACUUCUGAUCAUCAUCUAAACUGAUGUUAGGUGGCCCAGUUUGGGUCUCUUAUGGACUUCAGUCGUAUAACAGCACUAAAACAGUAAAACCUUUCUACUUCUGAGUAA